GAUAGGGCAAAGGGGGGAAGGACAUAGGAAAAAGGAAUGCCUACAUUCAAUCAAUUGAUUCGUCAUGGUAGAGAAGAAAAACGGCGCACGGACCGUACUCAAGCUUCGGAUCAAUGUCCCCAGAAGCAAGGAGUAUGCCCGCGUGUUCUGACGAGAACACCAAAAAAACCAAAUUCAGCUCUACGUAAGAUAGCUAAAGUACGGUUGAGAAAUCGACAUGAUAUAUUUGCUCACAUUCCAGCCAAGGGUCAUAAUUCACAGGAACAUUCUAUAGUCUUAGUCAGAGGAGGUACAGUGAAAGAUUCACCAGGUGUGAAAUCCCAUUGUAUUCAAGGAGUUAUGGAUUUGCUGGGAAUUUUGGAUCGCAUAAGGGGAAGAUCUAAAUAUGGUCCCGAAAGACCAAAUUCGAAAU